AACCUGUAAAAUAUUACUUCUUUUGAGGAAAUGUUUCUGUCAUUGCCAUUAAUAUUCUCAUAUCUUCAUCUUAAUUCUUCUCUUCUCUCUUGUUCAAUCUCUUGUCUUAAACCGAUAUAUAUGAGUAGUAUAUUGGAGGCUUGUGUUAAGUACUUGUCUCUUGCUCCAAACGAAAAUUAAAACAUCGGCAAAAGAGUUGAUAACUUUAUAUCUGAAUAUGGAAGUUCGGUCCAGAAGACUUAGAGAAACCAGCCCGGACAGAGCAAAAGUCUGCCUCAGACCACGAGUCAAACCCGUCAAAAAAGUCCAGAUUGUUUACUAUCUAUCAAGAAAUGGCCACCUUGAACAUCCUCAUUAUAUGGAGGUUACCCAUUUAGCUGAUCAACCACUUCGUUUGAGAGAUGUAAUGGAUAGACUUACGCUUCUUAGGGGAAAAGGAAUGCCCUCACUCUACUCUUGGUCUUGCAAAAGGAGCUACAAGAAUGGUUAUGUGUGGAACGAUUUGGCUGAAAAUGAUAUAAUUUAUGCAGCAGAAGGAGCUGAAUUUGUACUCAAAGGUUCUGAACUAGUUGAAGGAUGUUCGGAAGGAUUAAACCAGAUUCAGAUAAGCAGAGACUUAAGCUUCCAAACAAGACCGAAAUCACUGGGAACCGAGAAGUACCCCAAAUACGACGACGUUCGAGACUACGAUGAGGAAGAGGAACCUGAAGAGUACGAAGACGAAGAGAAGGUCAGCUACACCAGCUCCACUACUCCCCAUUCUCGUUGUUCCAGGGGAGUUUCCACUGACGAACUUGAAGAACCCCAACCCCAAACACAAACACGGACCCAAAAAACUUCCUCCGUCAGCGACAAAGCAGAACAAACCAUCACCGUCACCACCGACUCCAACACAACCACCAACAACCGUUCCAGAAGGUUUGACGACAAUGUCGUGGUGGACCGAGUCAUCUCCGAAUCGGCGGUGGCUCCGAGUCGCAACUCAGUCCUGCUCCAACUCAUCGCCUGUGGCAGCUCAGCGGUGGCCAAGGCAAAAAGCUCGCCGUGCGUGAGACCGAGUGAUGAAGUGGGCAGAUCCCAAAGGAUUAUUAGAAAUAGUUAUAAUAAUAUUACGAGAAGUGGUAGUGAUCUUGGGCGAGGGGUUAUGUGGAAGAACGCAGUGAAAAUGGCGGACGAAGAUAUGAUUAACUAUAUGUCGGAGAACCCCAGAUUUGGGAACCCUCAGGCGCAGGAGAAGGAGUACUUCAGUGGAAGUAUCGUCGAGUCCAUGACUGACGACCGAGCCGCCGCCGUCGCCUCCGCCACACCGGUUCUUAAAAGGUCCAACUCUUACAACGAAGAAAGGAGCUCCAAAGCUGGUAUGGAGGAAACUCUGGAGAAUGAAGAAGAGAAGAAGAAACCAAAGGCAAAAAUUAGUGGAAAGUGCAUACCAAGAAAGAAAUCAUCAGCACACGAACCCAAGAAAUGAAAUGAUGCUUUUUUUUUUUGCUAAUAUCAUAAGUUGUUUUUAAAUUUAUUAUGAGUGGUAGUAUGGGGUUGUUGAUUACUUUAAUAUGUAAUUAUUAGCACUAAUUAUCGGGUUUACCUUUCGUGUUGUCAUUAUGAUCAGACCUAUGUAUCACUUACCAUAUGAAAGAAAAAGUUACGUAAAAGCAAUGGUUGAAAGUCUUUAUUGGGAUUUUGAUAUACUGGAGUGAUAUGCAUGGGAUUCUUUAUGUUCACUAAUUUGCUUGGUUAUAAUAUAUUUUAAGAUUUUUCGAUUUUAGUGGUUUGUCUAAUAGAAGUUGAUUAUCGUCAUUAUUGGACAUUAAUA